GCUGUCAUUGAGCCUUAGAAACCCUUUCAGAGUGAUAGAUGUCACUAACCUUGUUUCUCAGUUGAUUCUUUAUAUUAUGACAUAAUGUGCUGAGGUUUUGAGAUAUUUAUACUGCUUCACUUUGUCAAACAGAUUCUGUUUCACUAGCUGGGCCCACAUCCUCAUGUUAGGUUUGACAGCGUUUUAGUAGGUAAAGGUGAAUGCUUGGACAUGAAUUGAGCUGCGGUUUGGGGAAGGCCUCUAAGGGGACUGGCGGUGGCUCCCGGGCCUUGCAGAUCUCCAUGCACUAAAUAGAAGUGAAGAAGUUAAAGUAUUGAAAACAUGGAGGGAGGGAGGGUGGGGCACAUACACGAGAAUGAACAGCUUGCAGAACUGGGAGAAACUAUAUAGAUGAGAAAGGUGGGUGUUUGGAUGGAUUAAUGGAUUUCAGCAGGUCUGGCAGUGAUGAGGCCUGGGUGUGACAUUGAAACUGAAGCUUUUUCUUAAUAAAUUCAAUAUAAUUUAAAAACUGCACUUUUUUCUUACUAGGGUUAUUUUUUUAAAGUGUAUGUUUUUAAUGAUAUGAAACAUCUAAAUGUGACAAAUAUGCAAGAGAAGAAAUGAGUAAGGGGUAAAUACUGUUUCACAUAACUCUAUUACACCAUAUCAUUUUUCAGAUGCUACUCAUUAUUAAAGAGAGGAGGCUUUCUCAUGCAACCUUUCCAAAAAAGCCAUGCAUGUUCCAUCUUUUUUUACUGUCUGAGCCUAUCAAUUGAUCCAGAAUUUCUUCCACAGUUAGCAGUGGUGACUCAUCAGGGCCUGAUGCAUGGAAGUAAGUGAAAAGCUAAUUUGUAAAGCAAAAUCCCAAGACUUUUGCCUUGCAAAUGAAGCCAAGUCUUGGGCUUUUGGCUUCAUUUGCUUAUCUCUAUCUUUCUUUGAAAUUAUUUCUCUAGUCCCAGGUGGCAUUGUCCUUCGACACCUGUUCAGAAUCAUCUCAUCAUGCCCUUCCUGAUAAUCUCUAAUUCUGCUGACAUCUGUUUAUGUUAAUUCCACAAAUGAACCAGUAACGCCACAGUGACUAAUUCCAUCUUUUAUGUACAGUCUUUGAUCUAAACACAUGUUCAUUGUUACACUUAAUAAAGUAAAUACAUUCUAUUUUAAUAACUAUAAGAAGAAACCUGUCUAAUCUCGGAGGAAAAUGGGAGUCCAUAAAGUUCUAAGGGGUAGGGACAGAGUAGACACAUCAACAUUUAUUAUGAUCGAAGUGAGUAAAACACUUUUAAUUCAGUUCUUUAAUCUUAAACUACAUCUCAAAUUUUAUAACUGAUCUGUUAUCUAAGUAAAGUCAUUGUCUGCAUAUUAGCUGCACAUGAAUACAUGUUACCUCGUGAAUCACUCGUCUUUUACAAAUAAUCUAAGAAAUGGAAAAUUUUACAGAAAUAUAUUUUAAAAGUUUUAGUUCAAAAUUUGCAAAGCAUUGUCUACAUGACAGAAAUAAAGUCACUUUCAUUUAGUUAUUUUAAUUACAGAAUGACUUACAGAGAACAGGAAUGUUUAUUUCUAAGAGGCUGUAUCACAUCACGAGCUGUGAGCUCUGUGAUUGGCUGUGUGUGUGUUAGAGCUCACCUGCAGCUGCACUUUCUGUCAGUUCACUCAGAGACUUCAUACAGUCACAGUUUAACUCUAUACAUCAGUGAGAGCUGCUGAUGAAGAUGAAGGAGCUGCUCCUCUUCCUCUCCUGUGUGGUCUGUGUCUCUGCUGAUGCUCUACACACGGACAUUCAUGUCAUUGGAUGUUCAGACUUUAAUGGAGAGGUCAUGUUUGGACUGGAUCGCGAAGAACUUUGGUACGCAGACUUUGAGAAACAGAUGGGAGUUUCCCCUCAGCCAUCUUUUAUUGAUCCUAUCAGCUUCGGAGCUGGAGCUUAUAAAACAGCUGUGUCUAAUUUAAAUACCUGCAGACAGAACCUGCAGAUUACUCGGGAGGGUAUAAAGGACUUCCCUCCACUACGUGAUGCUCCUUCAGGUGUGAUGAUCUACACCAGAGAUGAGAUGGAGCUCAGAGUCAAUAACACUCUGAUCUGUCAUGUGACUGGUUUCUAUCCUGCUCCUGUCAAAGUCUCCUGGACCAAGAACGGACGGAUUACGACUGAAGGAUCCAGCAUCAACACUCCCUAUCCCAACAAAAACGGAACCUUCACCCAGAUCGCCAGACUGAAGUUCAUCCCACAGCAGGGAGACGUCUACAGCUGUACAGUGGAACAUCUGGCUCUGACAAAGCCACUGAUCAAGAUCUAUAAUGUGGAGACACCUGAGACACCUGAGAAGCCUAAGCCCAGUGUUGGACCUGCAGUGUUCUGCGGACUCGGUGUGAUUAUCGGCUUACUCAGUGCUGCAGGUGGAACCUUCUUCAUCCUCAAAGCAAACAAGUCCAUCUGAUUGGCUGGGGUUGAUGAUGUCAUCAGUGCUUGUGUAGACAAUGUCGUUUAAGGCUGCUGCUCUGCUCUCUGAUCUUCAUUCAUGUGAGCCUGGCUGUGUUUACAUGGAACCUUAAGCUCACUUUAUUUUACACUGUUAAACAGAUUCAGUUUAAAAUGCCAGUAAAAUAAAAAUGACAAGUAAUUUUAAUCAUUCAGAAAAUAUGAGCAUGUAACCUCCUGACUAAGCUCAGUCCAAACAAUCCAUCAGUCUUGUUAAGUGUUCUUAAACUCAGUUUUAUCUGUUGACUAUCUUUGCCUUCAGUUCCAUCUAUGUGAUUUGGACAAAUGUAAAUAAACCUGAAUUUGAAAUAAAUCCUCACCUGUAAACAUGA